AUGAGAAAGGCCGCUAGUCAGAACGCCUCAAGAAUCCGCCGACCGGUCAUCCAAGCACCGAGCAGCACGACGAAUGAACGAACGGAGGAAACAAAAGGAAAACUGAACAAACCAAAACACCGACAGGCAACAUACCAGAGAGGGCAAACAUCGCACCUACCUGACAACAACAGCCGAAGGCGGACUCUGGAAGACGAGCGGAAAGCCGCUCCACACCGGCGCACCCGCACCCCCAAUCACCUCAUCCGAAACUGCCCCACAGCGGCAGGUGCGCCCCGGAGCAUUAGUAGGACGCCCACAGCACGGUUGGUCACCGUCCGGGUGAUCGAGAUUGAGAGUGAGAGGGGCCGGGCCCAGCAUCAGGAGGCGCCGCAGACCGCAAGGCUCGCAGAAGGACGAGACAACAGGAAAACGGGCAGAAGGAAAACUGGCAAACCAUCACCGGCGAGACGCAAACUCCAGUACAAAGGAAGGAGAAUUGCGAGGCACAAGACUCGAGGCCGACUGGCUAACAAGCCGGGCCGUGAAGACCACAAACGUGACUUCAAGACUGUCGGGCUGCAAAGCCGGGUCGAGAAGUCAAAAAAUGCAACCAGCGGGCCUUAA